AUGACUGCUACUGCUACUACCACGAGGACAUUGACAGUUGCAGACCUUGCGGCAGUCACAGAGUCGCUACAGGCCGAGACAGCGAGCGUCGUCGAGGAGCUUUUAAGCUCAGGAAGCCAAAAGGCCACGACAGUUACGGCGAUGGGCACGGUCACUGCCGUGGCCCUGAACAUCUCAAGCUCAGUCAUCGAAGUCGAGGUGGAAGAGAGCCCAGCUGCCGUCAUCUUGCCGCAAGAAGCCCUACCAGUUCAGGGCAAUCCGGAUGCCGAACGCAUCUUGACUGUGGUUCCGCUGACAGGGGAAGCUACCAAAACCACCCUUGGCGAGGGCAGCAAGGCGAAGUUCGGAGGGAGAUCGGUGGAGCUCGCAGUGGAUGCAGUGGACGUGUCGGUCUUCGAAGUGCUCGGUGGACAGUCCUCCGAACUUUCCAUCGAGGAUGCCCCAAGCCCGAUCUUCCUGCGGCUCUCUGGCCGGAAUCCAGAGCCCGACUGGCGCUGCGCUUACCUGGAUGGAGAGGUCUGGUCUCGAGAGGGUGUGCGUCUGGCCUCUGCAGCAGAGAUUUCCGCUUUGUACGGCGACUCCGUUAACACCUCUGGAGUAUGGUGUGCCACAACCCAUCUCUCCAUCUUCGGUGUCCUUCUGGACACCCUGCUCGAUUGCACCAACCUGAACGUGUUGUCACAAGAAGGGCUCGAGCAGGUCUUCCGGAACACCACCUGGUGGACACUGUUGCCUGCGGUUUCCUUGUGGUUGCUUACUGCCGCCCUGCUGUUCCUUGUGCUGGUGGGCGUGGCUCAAGAUGCCAAGAUGCGGCGGGCAGGCUUUUGGCGCGAUGAAUACUUCCUGACGGAGGUGGCGCCGGUCUCGGUCACGACGGAGAUGUCACGAGCCAUGAGCAGCACCAGCCGACAGAUGUCUCGGGCGAUGAGCUGGAUGACUGCAGGAAACGCAGAGAAAUCGGACGAAGAUGUGGACAGUGCAGUCACGAGGCAACGAAUUCGGACAUUACGGCCGAACCUCAGGCAGCAGCUGCAGGAGACGCUGCAGUGUCAGAACACCUUGCGUGCCGCGGCGCGACUGCAUGGCCUGCAUGGCAGCACCAUUCAGUCGCACAUCUGGGGUCAGACAGGCUGGGUCCAGGGGAGCCUGGCGGUUCAAAGGUCCCCACUGCUGAAGAAGCUGGUGCUUGAGAUGGAGGUGACGCUGCCCUCAAUGUAUUUAGCCGUGCACUCCUCUUGCUGGGCUCGCUGCUGGUCCACCUGCUUGGGUAUGCAUCCCUUCUACGAGCUGUUUCAAUGGGACAUCCACGUCUCUGCAGCCAAGAGGGCCAAGGUGACCAUGGACAGCUUUCUGGGUGCAUUGGCCUUCGCGGCCAUAUUCUUCUCUGUGGACGGUUCGGCUGUUGCCAGCAGACGACCCUCGGAAUGUCCUGUGGCACAGGGCUCGGUGCUGUGGUACAUGUUGGCUUCCUCGGUUGCCGUCCUCCUGAAUUCGUUGCCUUGCGGCUUGGUGCGAUCGCUGGCCCACCGAAGCUUCGUCCAGGCGAUCGCAAACCACAGGAGGCAGUUGCGCAUGCGGCUCUUCUGGGACGCUGCGUUUUGGGCAGUGGGCUUCUGCCUUUCCAUCCUCCAUCUGCUUAUCAUCGUUGCUUUCCUGGCGAACUUGGGGGAAGAACAUGAGUGGAAGUGGAUGACGUCCUUUGCCUUCGUCGUCCUGCGCAAGUUGUUCGUGGUGCCACUCCUCGCAUGCAUCAUCAGCCUAGGACCCGAGUUGCUCUGCUCUGCUUGCAUGGCCUCACCGAGAACGGCGCCGAAGAGCUUUGGCCUGGAUAUGGAUCUGCUGGAUGAGCCCGAAGCUGAGGCCGGCAAGGAACUGAAGCAGAAGACCCCGUGGGAUGAGAAGGUGGAUGAGUUGGCCGGGCGGGGCAUCACCGUUCGUCAGCUCUUGGACUUCUACAGCUUGCUCCGGUCGGAUGAAGUGAUGCCAGGCUUCGACCCAGUCGAGUCCACCACGCACGACGUCGUUCGGCAGGCGAUUAUACCCAUGUCACUCAGCAUCCACCCGUGCCGUGCUUUCCAAGUUGUGCUGCGUGGCCUUUCUCAGAAAAGGAAGGUAAUCGACCUUCACGCAGCAUCCAUCUACUGCACGGUGCUUCGCGAUGCCGUGCCGAAGCCCUGGAAAGUCGGUGUCUGCGGUCCCGUGGAGCUCGGGGAGCCCUUCUUCGUGGAAGACGUUGUUGCUGAGGAGGCUUUGCAACUGCGCAUUCAGGACGAGGGUACUGACGAAGGAGCCAAGAUGCUGACAUUGAGCAGCCGCGUGUUUUGGAAUGGCCAUCAGACCGAGCUGGAGGUGGGGAAGGACUCCGGCCUGUUUCUGAGCCUCUCCAUUUCGCUGUGGCGCGGCUCCAACAUCAGUGAUCUGGAAGAGGAGGGCAUCACGACUGUGGAUGUUCCUGACGAGCACUAUGGCCAGGGCAAAGCCAUGCUCGCAGAUCGCUCGAAGGUCGAUGUUGAAGAUGGAGCGAAGGACGGAAGGUCUCAGCACGCGCAGCAUGCACAGCUCGGACCUGCAGACAGCUGCGGCCUGGCAGCCUGUGUGGCCUGCAUGGACCAGGUUCCGGCCAGCGUGGGCGACCCGCAGGCGUGCAUAUCUCAGGUGGAGCUGUUCGGAUGUUCUUCGGCACCGGUCGACAACGACGAGCAGAGCUCCACCGGUCAGGUACUGGGCUUUUCUUACGCGACCACCGUCAACAAUGCCGAGCCGCAGAUGGCAAUCCGGAUGGUGACGCACAGCUGGGGCAAUAAGUUCACCUACUUGCUGAGUGCCAUCUUCUCAGAUGCUUUGGAGACCGAAACCUACGAUGGCGUGGCAGAUCUCCUCAGGCACGGCAAACUGGAUCACCUCGCGCAGAAACUCCGGAAUGCGGGGAAGCUCGAUGUUCCCUACUGGGUGUGUGCCUUCUCCGUGAACCAGCACGCCGGAAUUUGCGCCACACCUCCGCCCACAGACAGUACAGGAUAUCCCAUCAUUCCCUGUCGGUGUUCUAGGGCCAAGCACUUUUCUGGAGAUCUCAGCGAGAUGAACAAGUUCGACGACAUGAUGGCUUACUUGAAAGGGUACCUGCGUGCGAAGUCCAUCCAGGAACUCAGCCACAUUCGGCUGCAACAGGUGGUGGCAAUGGAGGUCAACUUCUCUUUGCUUACACGUGUUUGGUGCGUUGCCGAGCUGGUGGAAGCAGACAACCUUCAUCUCACGCAAACGAUCAAGCUUCACUCGGGUGCAUCCCAGCGGAGCUGCCUGGACAAGAUCAUGGACCUGGAUGUGGCGGAGGCCCAGGCCUCCUUCCCGGCAGACAAAGAGCUAGUCCUCAGCAAGAUUGAGGACAUCCCCGCCUUCAACAACAGGCUGCAAAACCUUUUGCUUCACCGCUUGGAGGGUUUCCUGGGCAGCAGGGCUGUGGGCGCUGCGAAUUGCUUGGAUGACGUGAUCCUCGCAGUCCUGCAGGUGAUGAUGUGA